AUGAAGUGGCUUGGGGUCCUCUGGCUUGUGGCCCUCUCAGAGUGCUUGGUCAAAAUCCCUCUGAUGAAGAUUAAGUCCAUGCGAGAAAACCUGCGGGAAAGUGACAUGCUGAAGGAUUACCUGGAGAAGUACCCUCGUAGCCGCGCCCACGUGCUCCUUGAGCAGCGCAGGAACCCAGCAGUAACUUAUGAGCCCAUGAGGAACUACCUAGAUCUGGUCUAUGUUGGUGUCAUCAGCAUCGGCACGCCCCCUCAGGAGUUCAAGGUCGUCUUGGAUACUGGCUCUGCGUACCUAUGGGUACCAUCCAUCUAUUGCUCCAGCCCAGCCUGCGCUAACCACAAGGUCUUCAACCCUCUACGGUCUUCCACUUUCCUGGUCUCGGGCCGACCUGUGAAUGUCGCCUACGGUUCAGGAGAGAUGUCAGGAUUUCUUGCCUAUGAUACUGUCAAGAUUGGGGACCUCAUGGUUGUGGCCCAGGCAUUUGGCCUGAGCCUGGAGGAACCUGGCACAUUUAUGGAAUAUGCGAUCUUCGAUGGUAUCCUGGGGUUGGGUUACCCUGACCUUAGCCUUCAGGGAAUUCUGCCUGUCUUUGACAACCUGUGGCUGCAAGGCCUCAUCCCCCAGAAUCUCUUUGCCUUCUACUUGAGCAGCAUCUCCAUGAAUGGGGAGGUCAUUGCCUGUGAAAGUGGCUGCCAAGGUAUUAUGGACACAGGGACCUCCUUGCUGACUGGCCCCCGAAACGCGAUCCGUAACAUCCAGAAUCUCAUUGGUGCCAAGGCCUCUAGUGAUGGCGAGUAUGUCCUCAAGUGCGACACCAUCAACACCCUACCCGACAUUGUCUUCACCAUCAAUGGUGUUACCUACCCGGUGCCAGCCAGUGCCUACAUCCGGAAGGGUCAUUCACACAUCUGCUCCAGCAACUUCGAAGAAGACCUAGAUGACUCUUCGGACCCUGAGAUGUGGGUGCUGGGGGAUGUUUUCCUAAGGCUGUAUUUCACUGUGUUUGAUCGAGCAAAUAACAGGAUUGGUCUGGCUCCUGCUGUGUGA